UAUGGGGAGAGGGGGAGACAUUUUGAGGUGUGUGGCCGCGGCCCCUGCUCCCCCAUUGGCCUGAGUCCAGCCCCCAGUUGGGGCCCUGUUCCUUGUCCGCUUACUGCUCCCGGAAGGUUUGGGGUGCGGGAGAGCCAGGCGAGCUGCUCCCGCCCCUCCAGCAGCAGGAGGAUGUGGAGGGGAAGGACCCCUGCCGUCUCUCCUUUGGGGGCUGCCUCUCCUCCCUGGUGAGCCCAGCGCCGCAGCGCGUUUGGGGGUGCGCGGAGCGGGGGGGUCUCCUAAGCAUGAGUGCAGGGGCUGAGUGUGAAACCCCCAGGAAGAGAGUCAGGUUGGGCCCCCCCGCGUCCUCCAGCCGCGGCUCGGAGGAAGAGCAGCCCCCUUCCUUGGACAGAAAAAGGACACUGCAGCCUCCGCCUCCUGCCCCUCCCCCCCGGGAACGAGGGCCCAGAAGCAGCGGUAAUAGCCAAAGCUUGGCAGCCACGGUGGGGAACAAAGUUUACAAACAAAGGACAAUUACCACUUGGAUGGAGAAUAAAGGACCCAAGACAACUGAGUUAAAGAGUUUGCAGAGCAAAACUAAUAGCACGGGAGCAGAUCCCAAGAUGACUUCUGUUAAAAAGGAUAACUUGUGUGAGCAUGAUGUUAAAAAGCUAGAGAAUAUUUGUCCACAAAGCUAUCCAACAAAAUCUGUGGAAAUGAGUACAAAACUUGUAAAUCUGCCUCAGACUGGCAACCUGUGUAAAUGGGAGGCAGAGGGGCCAUGCAGAGAUCAGUCAUCAGACAUAGAGCCUGUUAAAGGGACCGGGUCUGGAGAUCAGUUUAAAAAUGCCAAUAUUGAUCACAUGCAGAAAACUGGCAAGCAGGUUCACAGAGGUAGUGAAGAAAAUAGUGACAAUUGGACUCACAGGAAAUUAUCAUCAGGCAGGUCUGUGAAGAUGGCAAAUACAAAACAUCCAUUGAAAGACAGUGAAACAGAAGGAAAAGUAACUUCAUGUAAUCCACAGCAGCUAAAGAGCUGCAAUCCUGUCCAUGUAGUCUGUGUGACUAGUGAGCAAAAUGAGGUGGAUGUAGUUCCAGAAAACCCACUUUCAGAUGUUUGCAGUGAUACUUGUGUAUCUGAUAUCAGAGGUCCAGGAAAACUGAACAAAUAUCAAAGUAGUUCAGGAGAUUCGCAUUCUUUUGAGAAAGAAAGUGAACCGGAGUCACCAAUGGAUGUAGAUAAUUCCAAGAAUAGCUGCCAGGGCUCAGAAGCUGAUGAAGAAACAAGUCAAUUUCUUGAUGAGCAAGAGGAUGUUGACACAUCAAAAGCUGCAAGCAAAUCUUCCAGGUUUCAGCGAGGGAAUGCUGACCCAGAGUUGAGAAGGUCACCGUUUUCUUCCAAAUGUUGUGAAGGUGCUCGAUAUAACCUCCAUUUUGAGGGGACGGAUGACUCUGUCAAAGAGGAUGAAUUGCAUACGAAGUCAUAUGGGAUCUCUCCCACUCUUUCAUCAGAAUGCAAAGGUGCAAAACACUGUGGGAAGAAGGACUCGAAAAUCACUGCCCAUUUCAUGAGGAUACCCAGAACAGAGGAGAAAAGCAGGAAAGAACCUUGUGAAUUCAAACACCAAAGGCCAGGAAGGAAGAUUCCUAAAUAUAUCCCACCUUCACUUCCAACUAAUAAGAAAUGGUUUGGGACACCUAUUGAAGAGAUGAGGAGAAUGCCUAUGUGUGGGGCUCGUCUUCCUCAUUUGAGACCAUCAACCAAUCACACAGUGACCAUCAGAGUAGAUCUAUUGAGGGAAGGAGAGGUGCCAAAACCUUUUCCAACUCAUUAUAAAGAUUUGUGGGAUAAUAAACAUGUUAAAAUGCCCUGUUCAGAACAAAACUUAUACCCUGUAGAGGAUGAGAAUGGUGAUAGGACUGCUGGAAGCCGAUGGGAGCUAAUCCAGACUGCACUACUUAACAAGUUCACCAACUCACAUGAUUUGAAGGAGGCUAUAUUGAGAUAUAAUGUUGCUUAUGCCAAGAAGUGGGACUUUACUGCUCUUACUGACUUCUGUGAUAAGGUGCUCGAAGAUGCAGAGUCUCAGCAUUUGUUCCAGUCCAUCUUGCCUGAUAUGGUGAAGCUAGCACUUUGUCUUCCUAGUAUCUGCACUCAGCCAAUACCUUUACUGAAACAAAAGAUGAAUCACUCCAUCACAAUGUCACAAGAGCAGAUCGCUAGUUUUCUAGCCAAUGCUUUUUUCUGCACGUUUCCACGACGCAAUGCCAAGAUGAAGUCUGAGUAUUCUAGUUAUCCAGACAUUAACUUCAACAGAUUGUUUGAAGGGCGGUCACCAAGGAAGCCUGAGAAGCUUAAAACCCUUUUCUGCUACUUUAGAAGAGUCACAGAAAAAAAACCGACUGGAUUAAUAACGUUUACAAGACAAAGUCUUCAAGACCUUCCAGACUGGGAAAGAUCUCAUAAAAAACUGACCAGAUUGUAUGUCACAUAUGAGGGCACUAUAGAAAGCAAUGGACGUGGUAUGCUACAGGUUGAUUUUGCAAAUCGUUUUGUUGGAGGUGGCGUCACUGGUGCAGGACUGGUACAAGAAGAAAUUCGUUUUUUAAUCAAUCCAGAGCUGAUAGUAUCUCGGCUCAUCACUGAAGUCCUGGACCACAAUGAAUGUCUUAUAAUCACAGGUACUGAGCAGUACAGUGACUAUACAGGCUAUGCAGAAACAUACCGAUGGGCGAGAAGCCAUGAAGAUGAUACCCCAAGGGAUGAAUGGCAGAGGCGCUGCACUGAAAUUGUUGCUAUCGAUGCAUUUCACUUCAGACGUUUUCUUGAUCAGUUUGUUCCUGAGAAAAUUAGAAGAGAACUCAACAAGGCAUACUGUGGCUUCGCUCGACCUGCUGUUCCCCCUCAGCAUCUUUCAGCAGUAGCCACAGGAAACUGGGGAUGUGGUGCCUUUGGUGGCGAUUCCAGAUUGAAAGCCUUAAUACAAAUCCUUGCAGCUGCGGAGGCUGGGCGAGAUGUGGUUUAUUUUACAUUUGGAGAUGCUGAGCUGAUGAGAGAUAUUUACAGCAUGCACACCUUUCUCACUGAAAAGGGCCAAACUGUAGGGGAUGUUUACAGGCUGUUGCUCAGAUAUUAUAAUGAAGAAUGCAGAAGCUGUUCUACUCCAGGACCAGAUGUGAAGCUUUACCCUUUCAUAUAUAAUACCCUUGAAUCCUAUGCAGAUUCCACCGAUGAAGAUGAGAAAGGAUUGUGCUUUGAUGACUAAAAUAAAAAUUUAUGAGGAGGAUUUUUUCCUUUCCUUCUAAUAUAUUGUUUGAAUUGCUGGGUGUAAAAUAUGGACUGGCUUAACUUAAUAUCAAUGUAUAUAAUACUGCAUUUGUAAUCCUAUAAACUCUCCUAACCUAAAACCAAACUUUCAGAGGUGAGAUUUUCUGUUUAUACAAUGUAAACCCCAUCCAUCCACAUAUAUAAAGAGUUGUUUUGUAAAUCCUAUUUGCAUGUCGUCUUGUUCAUCGGCAGAUUUUGGUCUAUAUUUGUUAUCCUUUGGAAUCAAUAAAUACCAGUUUAUGUGAAAA